AAUGUUCACAGAAACUCCAUGUCCAUGGAGAUGCUCUAAGCUGCUUAUCACAACUUCACACGGCAGCGAUGGAAGGCGACGGCGGCACGGCGGCGGCCUGGAUGGCGACGCACCGCGGGAUGUACGAGCGGGCCACGCGGCACCCCUUCACCGUCUCGAUCCGCGACGGUUCCGUCGACCUGGCCGCCUUCAAACGCUGGCUCGGUCAGGACUACAUGUUCGUGCGGGAAUUUGUUGCAUUUCUAGCUAGUGUAUUGCUCAAGUGUUGCAAAGAGUCAGACAGCUCGGACAUGGAAACAAUCCUAGGUGGCUUGGCUUCUCUUAGUGAUGAGCUCUCUUGGUUCAGGAAGGAAGCUGCUAAGUGGAGUGUUGAUCUGGCCGGUAUUUCUCCCCUCAGUUCUAAUAUGGAGUACUGCAGGUUUCUCCAAAGCCUUGAUGAUCCAGAGAUCAGCUACACUGUAGCCAUAACUACGUUUUGGAUAAUUGAAACCGUGUACCAGGAUAGUUUUGCUUUCUGCAUAGAAGAAGGUAACAAGACCCCGGCGGAGCUCCUGGGGACGUGUCAGAGAUGGGGCAGCCCUGAGUUCAAGCAGUACUGCCAGUCUCUGCAGCGGAUCGCUGAUCGCUGCUUGGCAAAUGCGCCACCUGAUGUUGUCAAGAGUGCUGAAGAGGCUUUUCUUCGGGUGCUUAAGCUGGAAAUUGGAUUCUGGGACAUGAGUUCUUCUCUGUCCUAAGCGGCGACUACAUCGUGCCAACACCCUGCAUUACUUGGACGGAAUAGACGCCGCAGUGGGUUCAGCAUUUUACUGUCAUUUCCCUUGUAUCUUGGUUUCUCUGGUGAACACCGUGCAAUAACCUGGAUGAAAUAAAUGUUGUGUUGGUUCAGACCGAAACCUCGAUUGCACUUUAUUUUUUCACGUAUCUAGGUUUCUUUGGUCAGCACGGUGGAAUUACUUGGACGGUAUAGAUGUUUUUGUCGGUUUAGUGUUCAGUCUUUCAGGCUGAAAACCUCGGCUGCACCGUCGGUAUAGAUGUUUUUGUUGGUAUGUA